AUUCGACGGAUGCUGGAUGGACUGAUGUCAUUCUAUCGAUAAAAGGACAUGUGCUGGAAUGAUAUCCUCGAGGGAGAUAGAGAAAGAAAGGAAGAUAAAGCAGAGGAAGGCCAUGGUUGGUAUUUAUGAUGAACAAGGCAAGUCACGCCGUGGGUUGUCGAUGGAUUAGCGGGGUCGAUAACUGAUAAGCGAUAAGCCCUGGCGAUAUGAAUUAUAAGUAGGUAAGCGUUUGCUGCGACAUCGUCAUUGCUGCACAUCACCUUUGAAGCUGAAUAUUCUAUCCGAAAUGAUUGAAAAAGCAAACGUUCUUCUCGUCGGCUGUGGAGGAAUCGGCACUAUUGCUGCCCUGAACCUCGAACUGGGAGCCAAAGCGACCGUCACGGCUGUCCUCCGCUCCAACUACGAGCAUGUCAAAGCGAACGGCUUCUCUAUCAAGUCUGUCGAUCAUGGACAGGUGGAAGGAUUUAGACCAUCAAUCAUGCGGAACACAAUGCCCGACGUUGCAAAGGAACAGCUCCCACCAUACAAAUAUAUCAUCUGCACCACCAAAAACAUCCCCGAUGUUAGCCCAACGGUCGCAGAAAUAAUCAAACCAGCAGUCACACCCGGACACUCAAUUAUCGUUCUCAUGCAAAAUGGCUUGAAUAUUGAAAAACCUAUUUUCUCCGCAUUUCCAGACAACAUCGUUCUAUCGGGCGUCAGCUUCUGCGGCUCCCAUCAAAUAGGGCUAGGACAGAUCGUCCACGAAGACGACGACGAACUAUAUGUCGGUGCAUUCCGCAACCCUUCCCAGGACCCAGCAGUUGAAGACAAAGCGGCCGCAGAAUUUGUGGAAAUCUACGGAGCUGGUGGUAAAUGCAAGCCCGAGCAUAACCCUAAUGUGGGCUUCAGCCGGUGGCGCAAACUGCUGUACAACGCUUGUCUAAACUCACUAUGUGCCGUCACUGACCUGGAUACGGGUCGGAUUCAAAUGGCUGACGGUGCGGUUGAGAAUCUGGUAAGACCAGCCAUGGAGGAGAUUCGCAGCGCUGCAAAGGCAUGUGGCCAUGAUUUGCCGGCUGAGCUGGUCGAUUUCAUGAUCACAAUGGAUCCUAUCACUAUGUAUAACCCCCCAAGUAUGCAGGUGGAUCUGCGAAAUGGGAGAUUUUGCGAAUAUGAAAAUAUCUGUGGUGAACCAUUAAAGGAGGCUCGCGCUAGAGGAGUGCCGAUGCCAACGCUCACCGUCGUUUAUUACUUGUUGAAGGCUAUUCAAUGGCGAACAAAGGAGAAGAAGGGACUUAUUCCCAUUCCAGCUCCAGAGGAUCACACGGUUCAAAAGUAAGACCUGAGCUGAGGAUAAUAAAUCAAUGAAAUCAUGUAAUAGAAGCUUUCAAAUUUAGCAUGAAUGACUCCAUCCGCUAGAU